AUGGAGUCUUCUCCGUUGAAGAGCCGAGUUGGCUCGAUUUCAGGCGUGAAACGUCCUGCAGCUUUACUGCCUGCCUUUGAGCCGAGCUCGUCGCCCUCCCUUCCUCGGCCUCAAAAGCGUGUAGCACGCGAGCCCGAUGUCUCGACGUAUCCCACCCCGGUCCCGACCUCGUCAACCCAUAUCAUGUCCUCUUCGCCUCCUCCUCCUGGCGUCGCUACUUCCCGACCCCCUCUGCCACGGUCCUUCUCUGCUGCCCUCGAACGUGCGCCCUUGUCUGCCGUGCCCGCGAUUAUGUUACCGGAGAAUGGGGAGCCCAUUCUGAUGGGCAGAUCCAGUGUCUCGUGUCAUCACCAGCUUGCUGCUAGUCGGAUGAUCUCUCGUGUUCAUGUCAAGGCUACAUAUAAGCCGGCCCCAAACCCAUUCGAUCGGGACAGGGUUGAGAUCGUGUGCAUGGGAUGGAAUGGGAUAAAGAUUCACUGCCAGGGGAGGAAAUAUGACUUGGCCAAAGGCAAGACUUUUACCUCGGACAUCAAAGAUGCAGAUAUCAUGAUAGAUGUCCAUGAGGCUCGUGUUCUGGUCCAAUGGCCUCGCAGCGAACGAAGGGACUGCCCUUCUACGGACUCGGAACAGACCAGUGACGAAGCAACACCUACUCAGCGCCGCCAAGCCCGACGAGAGCUGCAGGAAAGUCCGCUCCUGGAUCGCCAGCGUCUGGCAUCGCCUAUCUCCCCUUCGCCUGCUGCUCAGCAUGCCAUCCCCCCAUCCUCGCCGAUUUUCACACCUUCUCGUUCUCGGGCUGCAGUAGUGGUGUUUGAAGAUGAACCAUCUCCACUGAAGCGUCACAACACCGUCACUGGAGUGACCUCUCAAAGUGCCCGUCGUGCUACUGCCAUGCUUCACAACUCGCGGGCGAGCGAGCUGAGUGAGCUGAGCCGAUCUGAAGACUUCUCUGACAAUGACGAAGAGAAUGACCCUAUCAUUCACUCAUUUGGACCAUUCGGAGAGAACAUUCUUCCUCGUAUGGCUUCUUUCCGGGCGGGUGAUUCCCCCGCUCAGACUGGUCGUUCUCCUCGCAGCCUGCUGCCCGCCCAACCGCUCCAGCCUACCCGGUCCCCUAGACAGCCAGCCACCAUCCAUGAGGACAAGGAAGUCGAGGCUCCCGAGGCCAAACCCCAGUACACCGACGAACGAUCCGAGAGAGCCCGCAACCACGCCGCCAAUCAGCUCGCCUUCUCCCGAUUGUCCUCCACGCCUUUCUCCACUAUCUUGAACAAUCUCCCUCCUGCAUACUGGAAGUCCGGCCACGAGUACUCGACCGGCCUCUCAAGGUCUGAUAUUCGCAAUAUUCUCGAAUCGACCAAGUUUAUUGGCAGAGUUGCCCGCGAAGGCAAGGAUGCUGCCGGCAAGCCACUUGAGAGUGAAUAUUACUACAUUCCCGACGAGGAUGACGAUGUUAUGCGGCGGUCUGCUGUGGUGGAUGAUCUUCGGAAGCCAGGCCUGCGCAACUGCCGGAAGCAGCACAAGCAAUACUUCUGGCGCAAGCCCAAAUGA